AGAAGCAUCUUAUGACAUCAUGCUACUGGUGUCACCAUAAGUGGGAGCAUUUCAAAAGCCUGGACCAUAUUUCAAUUAUCCUUAUGUUCCAAGUGACUUAAACGAAGUAUAUGCAUUAGUAGAAAGCAGAAUUGUUUGCUGAAUAAUAGUGAUAUUAAAGAGAAUCAAUGCAAUGAGAAAAUUCCUUAGGGAUAGUAGAACUUUGAUGCCAUGGCUUUUCAUAUUAGUUCUAGGGAAAGGCCUUUGUAAAUGGAAUUGGGGAAACACAGCACCAUCAGAGAGUUCACCCUCCUUGGACUCUCUGCUGACCUCCACAUCCAGGCUCUGCUCCUUUUGUUGUUCCUGGAUAUUUACCUCCUGACAAUAAUGGGGAAUCUGAUGAUGCUGUUAGUAAUCUAAGCUGAUUCUCACCUCCUCACACCCAUGUACUUCUUCCUGAGUCAACUCUCUUUCCUGGAUGUUUGUUUAUCUUCACUCAUCAUGCCUAAGAUGCUGAAGGACUUUCUAUCUGAGACAAAAGCCAUCUCAGUAAGGGGCUGCCUGGCACAAGGCUUCUUUGUGUUCAUCACUUCAAGGCCUGAGGUUUUCUGCUCUCAGUAUUUAAUGGCCUAUGACUGUUAUGCUUCCAUCUGCCUCCCUCCGCUCUAUGGACACAUGAUGAGGAAAAGGCUGUGUGUGCAGCUUGUAUAGGGUUCAUGGAGCUUGGUUUUUUUUAAUGUGCUUAUCAACGUCAUCCUAGCUGCCAACCUGGACUUCUGUGAGAAACAUACCAUCAACUACUACAUCUGUGAGGUGCUCUUUCUCUUUCUUCUGUCCUUAUCUGAUGUCUCCACCAACCACAUAGUCUUGCUCUGCUCCACCCUUCUACAUGGGCUUGGGGCCUUCUUCCUAAUCAUCUCUUCCUAUGCCCACAUUGUCUCCACCAUCCUCAGCAUCAACUCUACUUCAGACAGAAGCACGGCCUUCUCUACUUGCUCCUCCCAUAUCAUUGUGGUGUACUUCUUCUAUGAAUCCGCUUUUCUACGCUAUCUCAUGCCUAUCUCAGGCUCCCCACUGGAAUUGAUCUUCUCUGUGCAGUAUGGUGUUGUCACUCCCAUGCUGAAUCUUUUUGUCUACAGCCUGAAGAACAAGGAGAUGAAGGCAUCUGUGAGAAACACUGAGAAAGUACUUUCCAUGUUACUGGUAGAAGAUAUGAUACUAGGCAGACAUUAUGGGACUUGA